AUGUCAUUUUCCGAUAGUUUUUGGACGCAAGAUUAUCAUCUGGGGUUUAGGAUCUUAUUUGACCAACUUCAUGAAGGAGUGAAUGAAAAUGAUGAUUUUAUUCAAUUGUUUACCAAAAGAAUGGAGCUGGAAAUAAUCUAUGGAACACAAUUGGAAUCCAUAGAAAAGAGCCUGAAAUCCAAUAGUAAAAGACAAAAUAACGAUGACUAUGUGUCAUCGAUUAAGAAUGCUUAUCAGAAGAUCAAUGAGAAUUUCAAUAAGCAAGCAGGAUACCAUUUGCAAAUUGGAUCCAAUAUACAAUUACUUGUGCUUGAUCCAUUUUCCAAGUGGUGCAAAGAACAUAAACAGAGAGUUGAAUAUUCGGAGACGGUACUUUUUGACAAAUAUAAGGCGUUUAAGAGUUCGAAGACCAAUUUAGAGAAAUUACAAAAGAGAUAUUUCAAUAGAUGCAGAAUGCUCGAGGAGUUCAAAUCCCACUACACCGAAGAUGAGAUUAAUGAGGAAUUGAAGGAUAUCGAGUUUGCAGAGAAUGUCGAAGCAACGGAAGAAAACGACGAGGAUGACGGAACAGUUUAUGUUUUGGGAGGCACUAAAUACGAUAACAAGUCUGUAAAGGCACUCCUCACCAGUAUUCUCAAGAACAUCGAAUUGGCCUCUCACAAGGUUCCAAUAUUGGGGACUUACAAUAAUGUAUCGUCUGGAAGUGCUAUAACACAGUGGUUAUUAGAUAACAUGAAUGAAUUGAAUAGAAAUAUUGCAAAAGCUGAAAUUUUUGGUCAGGAUUUGGUCAAUAGUGGCUUUAUAAGACUUAUUGGAUCCAUGAGUAGUGGUAAGAAUUUCAUAAAUUCUUCACAAUUUUUCUACCAAUGGAAGCCUAUUGUGUUUGAAAUCACUAAGAUUUCAGAAUUGGAGAGUGUGAUAUCUGAGACCGACAGUGCUUUAAGCAGAACUUCUUCGAGUGCGGCUAAAGGCUCUCAAUUUGCCGAUUACUUUGAAGACAUGAAGCAAGCUAUGGGUGUUACUAGCAUAGAUUACAAGGACAAGUCACAAUUAUCUAAAUUGGUGGUAAAUGUGAACUCUCUUGACGACCAAUAUUACAAAAGCACUGUUAAUCUAGAUAAAAUAAGAUGUGAAUUAGAAGAAAUAAUUAUGGACCAUUUGACUUUCAUGCAAAAAUGUGAACUUGAUAGAUUGAAAGCUAUCAAAAAAGUUACUUUUGAUUUUAUUGCCAGCUUUGCAAAUAAAGUGAAUACUAUGAAACAAAUUUGCGAUGAGUUAUUGGUUGUAGAAGAAACUAUUCAUCCAAUGAAUGACUUGAAAUUCUUGAUUGAGAAUUAUGCUACUGGUAAGUUUAAACCACAAGUUGUAUUAUAUGACAAUUAUUAUAAUUCAAACAUCAAGCAAACCUUUGGUGUAGAUUUGACCGUUAAGUCAAGGUUGGAUCGCAAAGUGGUUCCAUUGAUAAUUCAGUGUAUAUUAUCUCAUUUGGAUAAGGUUUACCCUGAUUUAGUUAAUGAUCAGGAAAGAAUAAAUUUAUGGACGAUGCCAAUUCACUUGACUCAAGUCCAUCAAUUAAGAUUUCAAUUAAAUGACACUAAUGAUACAUCUAAGAUUAAUGAAAUAUUAUCUGGAACACAUCCAAUGAUACUAACGAAUGUUUUGAAGUUGUAUUUUAUGGAAUUACCAGAUUCUGUAAUCCCUCAUGACUAUUAUGAUUUAAUCAAGUCCUUAUACCAAAAUUACCCUGUUAGUAAUGAUGAUUCUACCGUCAAUGAAUCCAGAAUUAAUGGUUUACAGAAUCUUUUAGUGGAUUUGCCAAAAUGUAGUUUAGCUACUUUGGACGCAAUAUUAACUCAUUUGAGUAGAUUGAUUCAUAUCAUUGGGUCUAAGGAUGAAGAAUUAUCGAAAACUCUCCAAUUAAAAUUAUCCAAAGAAUUUGCCAAUUUGAUAUUAAGACCAAAAUUAGACUUGUUAAGUUUUGACGGUUCUAACAACUCGUCAACAUAUAUCAAUGAUAAGCAUCAAUAUACCUUUAUGAAUGAUCUUUUCGAGUAUAAGGAUACCAUUUUUAAAGAACUAAGAAGAAGGAAUUCUUCUAGAUCAAAUAAUCCUACCAGAGAAAGCUCUACUAAGACAACAAGAAGCGCCCUGUCGUCUGGAGAUAAUAUAAAAAGUAGGUUGGAAUCAAAAUUGCAGAAAGCAGUUCAUAAUUCUAAGAAGCAGAAUGCUACUAGUGAUGCAAGCUCAAAAUCCUCCUUGUCUAAAGAUGAUAAUAUUGCUGCUAAAUCUGAUGCUGUGGCUUCUUCUAUGUAUAGCAAUGAGAGACCUGCACCUCCGUCCACUCCACCUCCAUCAACGCCAAAAAAAUCAGCUCCGGCAUCCCUAAAGCGUUCAACUUCACCUAAUAAAAAGAAGUUAAAUACAUACUUGAAAGAUUCUAAUGGUGAUAAUAGCUCGUCUAAUGCUUCGAAAAAUAUUGUAUCGUCGAAGGCUACAAAGAAGGAUAUUAUAGUCGAUAAGGAUUAUAAUAAUUCCUCGGAUGGAUCCCGAAGUGGCUCGUACACUGAUUUGACUCAACCAAAAUUUGUACAAGGUUUGGAAAGAAAGACCUCGGUGAAAGAUAUGGCUUCUAAAUAUGACUCUACAACACCACCUCCAGAACUUCCUGAAAAGGACAAUGACAGAAGAAAAAGACAAGGUAAAAAUGGGAAGGACGACAGGGAUAACAAAGAGGAGGGAGUAAUAGUUGUUGAUUAA